UUAAGCAACGCAGAGUCGGUGGAGCUGAGGGAUCUGACUCCGGCCAGUUCGGGAGAGUACCGCUGCGAGGUGUCUUCCGGACCACCCAGCCUUCAAACCGUGACUGGAAGCGCACAGAUGAGAGUCAUCGAUAGAGAAACGGCUGCGAUAAACAUGGGAUCCCUGGUACUGCUCAGCGUGGAUGUCCCGCAGGCUGCGUUGGUGGGAGGCAGCGCGAAGCUGGAGUGCCGCUACCGCCUUGCGGACGCCAGUCUCUACCCCGUCAAGCGGCACAAAGAUGGUACAGAGUUAUUUCGCUAUCUACCAGGUGACUACCUACCUACGCAAGUUUACCAUCUUCGAGGAGUCACGGUAAACGUUACAGCGAGUGACGCCACAUCAGUGCUGCUGAAAAAGCUCAGCCUGGCCAGUGAAGGAACGUACCGAUGCGAGGUCUCUUCCGAUGCUCCUUCCUUCGCGACCGUUGCAGGCGAACGAGUCCUUAGUGUCAGAGAUCUUCCAAAGGGGGGUCCAAAGAUCGGAGGCUCCCACACGCACUACAGGGUCGGCGACACCGUGGACGUCUACUACAACUCCCCGAAGUCGAGGACAGCGGUCAGCGUCAGCUGGUUCCUCAACGGAAUACCUGUGGUACCGCUACACUUCGUGAUCAUUACUCCCAAUCCUUUCGCCGGUUUCGAGGCUUUCGACAGCAGGCUCCGCUUCAGUAUGCCCGAGGACGGCUUUAUCAAUGGAACAGCGUCGAUGAAAUGCGUGGCAACCAUUCCUUCCGUGUAG